AUGGGUCCAAAAUUCGAUCCAACAGCCGUAUACGAGAUAAUGGUCCGUGUUACUGGAGGUGAAGCACCUGGUGGCUCAUCAUUAGCUCCAAAGAUCGGUCCUCUUGGUCUCUCACCAAAAAAAGUUGGUGAUGAUAUCGCUAAAGCAACAGGUGACUGGAAAGGCAUGCGUGUUACAGUGAAGUUAACUGUCCAAAAUCGUAAUGCCAAGAUUGAUGUCAUUCCAUCAGCAUCAUCGCUUGUCAUCAAAGCACUUAAAGAACCACCACGUGACCGAAAGAAACAAAAAAAUAUUAAACAUGACGGUAAUGUUUCACUCGACGAAAUCUACAAAAUCGCUCGAAUUAUGCGCGUACGAUCCUUAGCCAAAACAUUCGACGGAACAGUAAAAGAAAUUCUUGGCACAGCUCAAUCAGUUGGCUGUAAAGUCGAAGGUUCACAUCCACAUGACAUUAUUAACCAAAUUGAUAAUGGCCAAGUUGAUGUACCACGUGAAUAA